AUGGCUCAUUAUAUCCGAUUUCUAAAACAACCACAGAUAACGAAGAAGAAUGGGGAUUCUUUCUUCAUCACCACCUUAUUCACCAUCACUACGGACCUCGGGGACUCCUUUCUUGCUGAGGAUGUUCAACUUGGUGCCACGGUGCAGUUUGCACGCCCAAUCGCCCCGCUAAAACAGGCUGUUUGUUGGCAGGCGGGGAGCCGAGAGCAGAAGUUAACUUUCGGUCCUAUACGGCGAGAUCUCACCAAUUGUACGGUUCAGCUCUGUGUUCGCUCUGUAACUGAGGUAAUGGAUGCAGAUUCACUCAAUGGCCCACACAUUCCUAGAGUCGUCUCUGCUUGGAGCCCAUUGUUUGAAAUAUCUCCUGGGAAGAGGUCCGUUGAGAAGUUGGUGUUGAGACGGUUCCAGCCCAAAAUUGGGGCGGAACUGAAAAUAUGGGAAGAAACUGGAAACAGUAUUGCGAGACAUAUCUGGGAUGCAGCUUUGGCAGCCAUUGUCGAGUUCCAUGACAACUUCAGCCACAGAGGAGGCAAACCGCUCCGGCAGAAUGAUAACCAUGCCUUUAAUGUUCUAGAAUUGGGGUCAGGAUGCGGUAUUGUCGGAAUUGCCCUAGCGCAGAUGAUGUCAAACUGCUCCGUGAUGCUCACAGACCUCGAGGAAGUCCGGGAGAUAAUUCACCGAAAUAUCUCUACGGCUCAGCUAGCCCAAUCAUCCCUCAUCGAAUUUCAAACCCUUGACUGGGACGAAGAGCUUCCGCAGGCAGUCAAGGAUCGGCGCCACGACUUGAUCCUUUUGUCCGACUGCACGUACAAUUCCGACGCCCUACCAGCAUUAGUUAGAACCAUCAAGAGCCUACUGGAGAUUUCGCCCGGUGCAUCAGUGCUUGUGGCAUGGAAAAAGCGAUGCGAGAGCGAGUUGGUAUUUUUCGAUCUAAUGAAGGAUGCAGCAUUGGCCGUCGUGGGAGAGUCAAGUCCAGCUUUACAAGUCGCAGCGGAAAGUGAUGACGACGAUGAUGAUCAUGAAGCACCAGAGAUCAAAAUUUUCCGCUUUCAAAAAGCCAGCGAAAGACAGCUCGCUAGUUAA